AUGGCUAUGAUCCUAGAUGCGUUCGUCCCCAUGCUGGGGCGAAUGGUCGCUGGCGCCGUGAAGGAGAGGCUUGACAUGCUCCUCGGCGUGCCCGGGGAGAUGGAAAGGCUCAAGGUCACACUGGAGGACCUCGUCAAUGUUCUCGGCGAUGCCGAGAUGAAGCGCAUCACCGACACGGCCGUCGACGCCUGGGUCCGGGAGCUCAAGGACGUCAUGUACGACGCCGAUGACGUCCUCGACCAGUGGCAGAUGGAGGCCCGCAGCGGCGACGCGCCCAAGCGCUCGUUCCCUGGCGCCGGCUGCUGCGUGCCCCUCUUCACGUGCUUCCGGGACCCGGUGCUCGCGCACGCCAUGGCGGCGCAAAUCAAGGAGCUGAACCGGAGGCUGGAGAGCGUCAGCCGUCGGAGCUCCAUGUUUCACUUCGUCAAUGCUUCGUCCUCGUCCGUCCCGCUCCGGCAGCAAUCGGCAUCCAGCAGCAACGGUAAGACGAGCUCGGUGAUCGUCCACGCCGAUCUUGUCGGCGAGAAGAUCGAGCAGGACGCGAACGCGCUGGUGGAGGAGUUGACCACCGACGACCAGAGAGACAAUGUCAUCGUCGUCGGCAUCACAGGCGCCGGCGGGAUCGGGAAGACCACCCUCGCCAAGAGGGUCUUCGCAGACCAGCGCGUGCGUGACGAGUUCGACCUCAGGGUCUGGGUGUGCGUAUCGCAGGACGUGAAUGAGACUGACCUGCUGUGGUCGGCCAUCGUCGGCGCCGGAGGCGGCCACCACCACCAGCACGACGCCACGCCGCCGGACAGGUCGUGGCUCGAGCCCGCGCUCCAGCGGGCCGUCUCAGGAAAGAAGGUCCUGCUGGUGUUGGACGACGUGUGGAGCGACGUGGCCUGGAAGAAGGUGCUCGAGAAUGCGUUCAGGGCCGGUGCUCGUGGUGGCAGCAGGGUGCUCGUCACGACGAGGAAAGAGAUGGUUGCCCUGCAGAUGAAGGCCGUGCACAUCCACCGCGUCGAGAAGCUGCAGCCUGAAGAUGGGUGGCGCUUACUCAAGAACCAGGUUGUCUUGGGCAGGAAUCCAACUGAUAUAGAAAAUUUUAAAGACAUCGGUAUGGAGAUUGUCACAAGAUGUGAUUGCUUGCCGCUUGCAAUUAAGACAGUGGGUGGACUAUUGUGCACAAAAGAAAGAACAUUCAGAGAUUGGGAGGAAGUUUCAAGGAGUGCUGCAUGGUCUGUCGCAGGACUACCUGAAGAAGUUCAUAAUGCCAUUUAUUUGAGCUAUGCUGAUUUGCCACCUCACCUGAAACAAUGUUUCCUACACUGCUCCCUUUUUCCAAAAGACGAAGUUAUCAAACGGGUGGAUGUUGUUCAAAUGUGGAUCGCUGAGGGAUUUGUACAAGAUGAUGGAGGAACCUCAACACUACUUGAAGAUGUAGGAAACAUGUAUUACAAAGAAUUAGUCAUGCGUAACCUACUUGAGCCUGAUGACCAAUAUUAUGAUCAAUCAGGAUGCACAAUGCAUGAUCUUCUUCGAUCAUUUGCCAAUUACUUGGCAAAAGAUGAAGCAUUAGUUCUUACACAGGGCCAAACUUUAUGCAACAUGAAGACAAAAACUAAGCUGCGUCGGCUGUCCGUAGCAACCGAAAAUGUGCUCCCAAGUACCUUCAAUAAUCAGAAGCAACUAAGAGCACUGAUGAUACUCCGAAGCACCACAGUUGAGCUGGAUAAGUUUUUGCAUGACCUGCCUAAGCUACGAGUACUACAUCUCGGGGGUGUAAACCUCACAACCUUGCCGCCUUCUUUGUCUGAUCUGAAGCAUUUAAGAUACUUGGAGCUGUCUGGUACCAUGAUAAAUACAAUCCCAGACUCGAUUGGAGACUUGAAAUAUCUGCAAUAUAUUGGUCUGAUAAAUUGUAUAAAUUUGUUCAGUCUUCCUGGGAGCAUAGUGAGGCUGCAUAAGUUGAGAGCUCUUCACAUCAAGGGGGCCAAUGUGAAUGAAAUCCCCAAGGGGAUAGGGAAACUAGAAAAUCUUGUUGAGUUAACUGGUUUUUUAACACAAAAUGAUGAUACUACAGGUUGGAACAGUCUGGAAGAGCUAGGACACCUGUCCCAACUCAGCCUCUUGUAUCUAAGCAACCUAGAGAAAGCACGGACUAGCUCCGUGGCUAAGAAAGCAAACCUUCAAGGCAAGCGCCACCUUAGAUACUUAAGCUUGGAGUGCACAACAAGAAUUGGUAGUGGAAGUCAGAUCAAAGAUAACAUACAGCAGGAGAAACAUCAAAUUGAGGAUGUCUUUGAAGAGCUGUGUCCACCGGCUUGCCUCGAAAACCUCUCACUAGUUGGAUUUUUUGGACAUCAACUUCCUAAAUGGAUGAGCUCAGGUAAGAUGGCUCUUAAGUACCUAAGAUCAAUAAAACUCGAAGAUUGUACCUAUUGUGAGCAGCUCCCUGCAUUGGGCCAUCUCCUGAGUUUAGAUUUCCUGCUGAUCAAACAUGCGCCAUCUAUUACGAGAAUUGGACAUGAAUUUUUUUGCAGCAGCAAUGUUACACAGAUGAACCAACAGAUGUUGUUCCCAAGGCUGGAGAAACUUGGAUUUGAUAGGUUGGAUGGAUGGGAAGAAUGGAUAUGGGACAAGGAACUUGAGCAGGCAAUGCCGAACAUCUUUUCUCUGAAGAUCACAAAAUGCAAGUUGAAGUAUUUCCCCCCGGGGCUUGUGCAUCAAACCAGGGCCUUGAAAGAAUUGAUCAUAUCUGAAGCUUGCAACUUGACAUCUGUCGCAAACUUCCUCCUCCUCAGCGAUCUGCAUCUCUAUGCCAACCCAAAGCUCGAAAUGAUUGCUAAUCUCCCUAAACUACGAAGACUUUCGGUUAUCCAAUGCCCCAAGUUGAAUGUACUCAUGGGUUUAACAGAACUGCAAAGCAUUACAUUGCAGGACUAUGGUGCAGAAUUGUUUCCACAGUACUUGAAAGAAACCAGUGCUGCAAAACUAGAGGUUUUCUGUAACGAAGAACUCUUUAAACUAAUAAUCCUGCAAGAAGGUUCAGAGUGGUGCAAGAUCAAGAAUAUCCAAAAUGUUAAAGCAUAUGCUCCCAAAGGAGGCGACUGUAAAGGAUGGUAUGCAUUAUACACUAAGGAACCGUUUAGCCUGACCACAAACAACAAGGGGUGCGAAAUAUUUGAAAUUGCAUAG